AUGGUCGAAUCGAGGGGAAACGAUAAGAAAUCAAAGAAGGGGAACUCGAAUUCUAAUAUGCAGAGUGUGGGCUCAAAAUCACAGCAGUCUCAAGAAAUUCCUAGAGAUGUAAGAUUACUUCGACUUAUAUUCGCUACUCAAGGUAUACAGAACUACCAGGAUCAUGUUCCUUUACAACUCAUGGAUUUUGCUUACAGAUAUACAUCUGAAAUACUUCAUGAUGCCAUUAUAUACAACGACCAUGCACAUGCCAAUAUAAACAACGCUGGAAAUGCUGGUUCUCAUCAUAGUCAAAUCAGUAAUGAGGACAUAAGGCUUGCCAUCGCCGCCAGAACUAGCUAUCAAUUUCAACCGGUUCCACCCAAGAAGAUGUUGAUGAAAUUGGCAGCAGAAAGGAACGAGAAACCUCUUCCCCCGGUUAUGCCAAUGUGGGGAAUAAGGCUUCCUCCUGAAAAGUACUGCUUGAGUGCUAAAGAGUGGAAGCUAGACGAUGAGGAGUUGACAGCGCCCGAGGCAAAGAGGCGCAAGGCAGAGAAACGUACAAAGAAGGAAAGUGAACGGCAAUGA